AUGCUCUCUGGUCGGGCCGUCGGGCGACCCGUGGGCCCGACCGGGUAUCUCCUCCCCAAGCUUCCAUCGGCACAGCACUUCCGAAAACAACGAGCCAAGGACAGGACGAUGGCGGAAGUGAACGCGGCCACCGAAGCCGAGCCGAAGCUCUCAAUCCAGGAACAGCUUCUGCUCGCCCAGGCCGUCCACCAAGCCCAGCCGCGCGAAGGAACCGAGCAGACGGUCGAUUGGGAACAAGUCGCCGAGCUGCUCCAUGGAUUCCAGCAGGCGAGGAAGACCGAAGACUGGCACUGGCUGCAUGGCACAUCCUUCAACCCCGAGGUCUGCUCCAACGUUUACGCGAACAUCUGCAAGACCUAUCUCGAAGAUAAGCUAGACCAGAAGGCAUCUUUGGACGCACACCAGACCCUAACCGUCGCCCGUCAGCUGUACGAGGUUCACCUGAAGUCCAUUGCAGAGGCUCUCCUGGAAGAGGAGAAGAGAUCUCAAAGCCUUCAAACGGAAAUAGAGGCUAUCAAACGUGGAGAAUGGGAUGAUAAGCUCAGACUGAUUGCAGAUUGCGACAAACCGACUAGUCCAGAGGCUCCGCAAGUCCAAUCUCCAAAGCCCCCCGACUCCCAUCCUGCCAGCCCAUCAAAUCCCGAAAUUCCGGAGCAGGUAGAGGAGAACGACGUGGAUAAACAAAGCGAGCCGGGCAGCAGCUUAGCAGCUCCGGUUUCUCUGGGGCGGUCGGCAGCGAAAAAAUCCCCAAUAUCGAGGACCAAGCGUGCUGCUAAAAAGGAGAUACAAGAUCCCUCUAACAGCACCGAAGUUCCUCCCAAAAAUAAUGAUGCCUCCUUGGGCAACGCCGACGUGCCGAAAAGCCGCAAACGAAAAGCUGCUCCUACCAGCGUUUCUCAACGGAAGCUCGAUAAAACUCCACGCCCAGAACCCGAGAAACCAUCUGUGACAACUGCAAGCGAUUCAUCAGAAUCACCCAAGGGGGCCGAAAGCCCAGCCUCAGAUGACGACGAAACCGUGAUACAACAGCUCAUCGGCUCACGUGACCGUCCCACUCCAAGUGGGCCAGUUACGCGCAAGACCCGCAAAGUCGAGUUGGAAGCAAAUGAGCCUGUAGAGACCAAGCCUUCAAGCCAUAAACCUCCACAGAAUAAAAAAAUCAAGUCCGAGCAUGAAGAUCCUCCCGAUCCCAAGACUCCAAAGAUUUUAGAUAAAAGCUUAAGGAGUCGGACGGCCAAAGUAACAUUGACGCCUAAUAAAGAAAAGACGACAGUCCAAGAGGAGCCAGCCCAAGACUCCGAAACUAAUCCUUCUUCAACCAAGCCGUUAAACCACGAGUCCCCUGGGACUAAUGUGAGCACGAAAGGGCCCGAGGAGUCUCAUUCGGCGGCACAUUCACCGAGCUCCAACAAGAAAUUGCAUCUAGACAAUGAUCAUUCGGCCGAUGCUAGUCGAGUGGGCACUCCCAACUCAGCCUCUUUUGCGACGGGGAUCACCGAUGGGAACUCGACAGCGAACCAGACCCCGAACUCAGCCAAGCUACCGCUCUUCCCGGCAGAUGCGAGCUCGGCAGGGCCGCGGCAUGGGUCCUCGUCGACCACUAGUGACCCGACCUCGUUCAGGAGACGAAUGCUCAAGACCCAUUCGUCGGUCCAAUCCAACCCGAUCUCCUCUAUCUUCCGCGACCCCGUCAAGGAGUCCGAAGCUCCCGGAUACACUUCGAUCGUCAAAAGACCCAUGGAUCUUCGCACUCUUGCUAAGAAGUUGAGGGACGGUAAAGUCACCACUACUGAGGAGUACCGCAGAGAUUUGAUGUUGAUGUUGGCUAAUGCGGUCAUGUUUAAUCAUGAGGAUAGCGAGGUGACUAAACAUGCAAAAGAGUUGAUGGUCGAAUGUGAUAGAUUAGUUUCAAUCUUCAUGAGGGGGUCUCGUUACUAA